AUGAAGAUUGCAGUGUUUGGCGCAACCGGAACAACCGGUGUAAUAUUUGUCGAACAAGCUUUGAAAGAAAAUUAUCAAUUAAAACUAUAUUGUCGUCCACAAUCGAUCGUCAAACUAGGUGAAUUAUCUUCACAUGCAUCCGUGGAAAUUAUUCAAGGAGGAUUCGACGACGAUUUCACACCUGCAGUCCGAGGAGUUGCUGUUGUCGUUAGUUUUCUUGGCCCUGGACUAAAUUGGCCAUCGGGCAAUCCAUUAGAAAAAGUGAUGAUGAAAAUUAUGCAAACCAUGAGAAAUGAAGGAGUAACAAGAUUUGUGACAAUGGGAACGCCGACAAUAGCCGAUCCUUUGGAUAAAAAUGUCUUCAAAUAUCGAAUUCUAGUUUCUUCAUUGAAACUUCUUCAACCGAAUGUUUAUAAUGACAUGGUCGCCACUGGAAAUUUAUUCAAAAGCGGAAACUACGAUGAUUUAGAUUGGACUGUUGCGCGUAUUUGUUUUUUGAAAAGCUCCGCUCAACCAAAAGAACACAUCCACGUCGGAUAUGUCGGCGACGGUCAAGGUUCACUCGUCAGUCAACGAGUUCAUUGGGUGAAAUUUAUUUUGACGGAAAUUUUGGAAAAUCAUUGGAUUCGCAAAAUGCCAUUUAUUACUUCGAUAUAA